UGGUAGAUCAUUAUUAUUUUUUCAGGGUGUCAAAUCGGAGCUUUAGUCCCACAGUCGCAUCCGAUGAGUAAGUUAGCACGAACAGUGCAAAGACGCACGAUACACACGCAGCCAGGCUGCUGGAAGGAAAAUAUAAUUCAGUUUGGAUAGAAAGACAAAUAAAAGUGGGCUCGUUGUCCUCUGGUGGAAUUAGCAGGUUUUUCAGCACGUUAUUGGGCAACGUGCAAAAAUAUAAAAAGUUCAGUGUGGGCGAGCUUGAAACGGUGGGCUACGAUGAAGUGUUUCACGGGGAAUGAGAUGGGAUAGCAAACCUUAGUGAACGGAGAAGAGGUAGAAUGCCUCAGAUGAGAAUCCUGAAUGUGCGGAAAAUAUCAAUUGAAAUAUUGCCCAAUGCAAAAGGAAGGAAUUGAGCACUGGUGUAGGGUAUAGAUUUUCGGAUUCUUUUAUCAGCGCUACCAGUAUGAUAUUUGAUAAUGGAAUCAGGAUGUGUUCCCCAGUGUUUGUGCGUUAAAAAAAAAAAAAAAAGAUAACAUGGUUGGCUUGUUAAGAGUGGCAGUGAUAGGUAAAUAGUGGUUUGUAACUGAGCAUUGGUAAUAGCAAAGUGUGUAACUGUUGACGCGGAAUUUUCUAACAAAGGGACUUGGGCGGAAAAACCAAGGGAUCAAUCUCGACAUCCUCGCACUCUCUACGUCGCUCGUCAUAUUGGUACGGGCCACGCACACUAACGUGUAAUUAAACUUACGAGGUGUUUCUAUCAAGUGUGUGAGUGUGUGGGUGGAAGAAUCUUCUUUUAUUACACACAAAUCUGUUACAGACUCGUCUUCAUUCGCCAUUCCCACCCACUACCAGCGGCGGUUUCCGAUUGCACGUGUUUGUUUCACUAUGCGCUGGGCUUCGCUCUCAGCACAAGCACUUGUGUCAGCAUGCAAAUAAAGCAUAGAUCCUUGAUCUGGAUGGAGAGUUCACAUCGCCUACAAUAGACUGCGAAAAGGAUACGAGCUGCAAUAGAAUUGGCUGGCUGCCACAUUCAUAUGGACAACUGAAAACACCCAUGCAACCAACAUUGAUUCUAUCAACGAAACGUCCUAGCUUAUAUGAGAACUUAUUCAACAAGAUAGCCUCGAAACGGAACAACUCAAACCCCCCAACCAAUUCGAUCGAAGCGAUGGAAUUCCGAAAGUAGUAGUAGUAGUAUUCGAGGAAAACUUUACAAAAUCCAUUGGCCAACAUUCCUCAUUUAGAAAGUUAACACAUACACUCUAGCUCUUGCUACUUCCUUCAGAAAACAAAACAUACGUGUGAAACAACAGAGCUCGCAUCUCUACGAACAGCUAAUUAAACUUCACCGGUGCAUUACGAGACGAGUGAAUCAUCUGACGUCAGCUGGAAAAGCACCACCCGAGGCGAGACUGAGUGAGUCAACACGAAAAUGGCAACCCCACCGGACAGCCCAAUCGAGGAGGUCGUGUACGAGCUAGAACCCACCCGAGCUCCGAAGCCAGUUCCCGUGGCGCUUGAGGACCUCUGUAAACUGACGAGGUUUACACGGCAGGAGAUACGAGUGAUGUAUCGGGGCUUCAAAACGGAAUGCCCCGAUGGAGUGGUACACGAAGAUAGUUUUAAGGAUAUCUACGCAAAAUUUUUCCCACAUGGAAAUUCAAGCCUUUACGCACACUAUGUGUUCAAAGCAUUUGAUGUAAAUUGUAAUGGAGCAAUUACCUUUCGGGAUCUGCUAGUGACACUUUCAACACUGCUCCGUGGGUCCGUAUACGAACGAUUACGGUGGACCUUCCGCCUGUACGAUCUUAAUGGCGAUGGCAGUAUUACCCGAGGCGAACUGGCCGAAAUAGUUUUGGCAGUACACGAGCUGAUGGGUCGAAGGCCCAACCAGCCGGAUGACGACAGAAAAGCGAGAGAGCAGGUUGACAACGUGUUUCGGAAGUUGGAUCUCAAUCAGGACGGUGUCAUCACGAUCGAAGAAUUCCUGGAGGCCUGCCUAAGGGAUGACAUUGUUACCGAAUCGUUACAAAUGUUCGACACCUGCCUUUGAUGACCUUCAUACGACAGUGUAUUCGCCGCCUCCAAGAAGGCAGCCGAUUCGGAUCGUUUGGCUUUGAUGAAUCUGUAGAAGGACACGAGUGGUGUGAUGGCGUUGGAACGGGUUUUAUACAAAAGAAGGCAACCAAAGGUUGACGAACUGGGGAUACUCGCUCAAAGUUUUAUUAUUAUUGGUUCUCUUCAAUGAAAAGCGUAUCAUUUACAGCUCAAGUUGUACUGUCGAACACCACCGUCCGGCAUUUAUAUCAGUUCUACACUUCCAAAAGCGACACGGCUUUCAACACAUUCCUUAUUGUAAGUAAAAUGGAAUGCAAUAGUUAAAGUACGUAGAGGCAAAUAAGUUUUAAAAUUUCAUAUCAUGUUUCAUGCAAAUCAAAGCAAUAUUAUAUUAUAAACAGAUAAUGUAAUAUUGAAGCAGAUAUACGUUAAUUUUACUAGAAUUCGUCCCUUCGUUAACCGUUCUGUAAAUAGGGUAAAAUAGUUUCGAAGUAUCGAAAUUUGUCGUAGCUGUAAAUGAGAAAAAGACAAAACCGCAUGUUACAUUAGUAUUUAAAAAAUGCAAACAAAGCAGAAUCAGUAUUUUCAUGAGUCUUAGUGUGAAUCAGUUAUAUAGGGAAACAAUUCGGUAACAGCAAGCGGAAUACUGUUACGUUAUCCCAUGAAAAAAACAACUAAAUAACAUAUGAUUACGACACAGGCGUUAGUUGACAAUAGACAAUCGUUUUUUGACAAAAGAAUGUAGCUUCAAACGGUAGGCUAACAAUUGUCAAUGUUAUUUAUAAAUAGCGAAGAGAAACUUCGAAAAGGCAGCAUGUAUUCUAAGAAUUGAUGAGUUUUAUCAGCAUCAGGUUAGUGAAAGUUGGUCUAGUUCGAUCAUGUUAAUUAAUAGAGAAUCCAUCACUAUAUCCACACGAUAUGAAAUGUACACAUCAACAUCAGUAACUAGGCAUUUUAUUGGUUCAGAAUAGUUUGUUUGUUAAUUUUUCUGUUAAUUUGGAAACGAUUUCCAGUCACAAAGAACUGUAAAUUCAUAGCAUUUAAUUCGAAAAGGGUAACAACACCAAUUAAAUAAAUUAACUAAAUAAAAGACACACUAAGGGGGGUAACACUAUGGCUAGAGAAUAUUUAUCAAGUUACCACUUGAACUAACAAGAAACAAAAAAGUUAAACGAAUGUGUCUAACGUAAUUGCUACCUAUGGGUUAUUAUUACCUAUGAACGCCGAUACUCAAAGUAUUCAAGAAUAGUAUUGAUGUGUUAAAGCAAAUUUGUAAGCUCGCACAAAAAAACCGAAACAAAUCUAAUAUACCCAGAAUCUUCUAGUUCGCCUGAAACUCAAUUGAUUACAAACACGCCAUUAUAAUCUGCUUGUAGUGAUUGUUUGUUACAACGUAGAAUCUACUUUCGUUGGAAGUCUGUAGUUAAACAAAACAGUACAAGGAAACGCAAAAUUGAACAAGUUAAUAUUGUUGGGAGCGCUUUAACUCAACAUAAACAUUUCAUCACAUUGUUAGAUUAGCGAUAAUUAUCAAGAAUAGAAUCAUGGUUAUUAACGGAGGUACAAUUCGUUGUUACCACCGGAUGAAGAACACAAAAAUAUUGAUGCAUAUUGAAUUCACGAUCUCGCUCAUUCUUAUGUCAAUUAUGUCAUUCUAAGUGAUUCAGAUCCGUUGGAGGAAUUCGACCUAGUGGUUGGAAUCAAUUACUCUCGGAAUUACUAUUCAAUUUUUUUCGAGUUUAUUCUCCUUUUUUGAUCAGUCACAUCAACAUUACUAGAUUUGUGCACCUUCCAGUAACUCUUUCAUUUAUGAAUUUUCAAUCUUUCUGUAAUAAUGUAAAUUAACGUUACUCAUCACAUCGUUCUCGGAAACUCGUCAUCUCCACAGUUACACUGCACCGAAUUUUUACGAAGGAUAGAACAUCUACGGCUCCAAGAUCGUGUGCUGUUUUUAGUCAAUGGCGCACGACGAGAUUACCAACACUCACUAGUAUUUUGUUGCUUGCUAAAAUUUAGAUCUAUGCGUGGAUCUUCUCAGAAGACCAGUUUUUUUGACUUAGAUAAAUAUGUCCCCUAAUACCACUUUCAUCUUUGGCAUUUUGUAACAAUUUAGAAUGGUUCUUUGAAGAUUCCGGCAUGCUGUAACGCUACCAUUCUUUUUCGUUCUAUCUCCAAAAGAAGAGAACAAAAUGUCUGUGGUUCCUUGAUAUCAUUGUGGCCAAAACAUAAGAACCAACACUGUACUUAAACGUUCUAACACUUGCAUUAAAGAAAUGGACAAUCUUCAGAUGGUGUUAAAAAACUACAAAAGAUAAAUUAAUGGAACAAAUUUCUCAUAAAACAUAAUUUUAUUAACCAUUUUACAAAAGUAUUUCGUAGGGCGGCUUUCCGAAAUUUGUCCGGAACUUUCGCCGGAACUUUUACUGUCGAAAAUAUACUUGUUGGCAUAUUUUCAUCUCUUUUUAGCCUAAGGUGAUAUUAUAUUAUCCGGCACGGCACGUUUCAUGCAAGACAAAAAUUAUUGCGUGUUUUAAAUGUGUAUGCUUAUACACAGCGGAAUGGCUCCGCUCAUACACAGCACGUUUCAGACAAAUGCAAAAAGGAAUUUUCGAAAAGAAUAUUUUGCUGGUCCCGUGUUCGAGUGCGUACUGCACGAGCGAGUAGCCACAUACAUACAAAUCAAAUAUCAAAUUUCAUAGAAUGGGUGUGUUCGUCGUUCUUCGGUUCAGCAUCAGUCCAACUGGCACACCAGUAACUACGCUUGGCUACAGUGUCUUCUCGCUCCAAGUACAAAUAUCUUCGUUUCGUUUGUGCUGUCGGUCCGUACUGAGAAACCGCUACGCCUGACAAUAUAAACACAUCAAGUAUUUGUCGGCCCGUGCCGGUACGUGCCGGAUAAUAUAAAACUGCCUUUGUUUAUUAGUUCCUCCUCCGAUUUCACCAAGAAUUUGUUGGAGUAGACCAUCCGCUUCAGGUUCGCUCAGAAAUUCUCGUUUCGCUGGAGAAAUUUAAUUCUCCAUCGCUCUCAGCCUUUGUUUUUGGGUCACAGCUCGUUGUUCCGACACGGCCAGUCUUAACUAACGUUUCCGCAGGUUGAUAUCCAUCUCCGCUGGAUUUUUUUUUACUAUCUGGCCCGUUGCUCCGAACUCCCGGCCCAAAGCCCGGUACAAUGUAGCCACCUUUCUUUCCGUUUUCUGCUUCAUCUUCAGCUGCAGUUUACGAUCGCGUAGAACCAGGCUUCCGUUCAAUGCUCUCAUUCUUCUUCAGAUGUAUAAGGAUACGCUACUUUUCGAAACACCCUUCAUUCAUUUAAACCACUCCUCCAGACAAUCUUCGAUAGUAGAGACAAAAACAUCUAGUUCAUCUAGGUCACCUAGUUCUUCAUGGCUAUGCAGCCGAGUUUGAAACUGAAUCAAAUACAUGUAUACACACCCUCGAUGCAUUCCGAAAGAGUACGAACUUGUGCCUUUCUUCGCAUUCAUUCAUCACCCGAACAAUAUUUUGAUCAAUUUGGAAAGCCCAAACAACCACGUAAACCAUACCAAGAAACGAUCUUUUUCGACUCAGAAUUCUAAUACAAUCAUCUUAAAGAGAGGCUUAAAAGAACAUAUUUUUGAUAAUAACUAAAAUAUACUUCAGAAUUUGGAAUCGUAUUGGAGUGCGAAAUAGGUUUUCUAAAUGUUUUCAGCCUAAAGGGAAGCCAAUGAAGUGGUCUGUCAAUUAUAGUCUACAUCGUGAAUUGUUUUCUUCUCUAGUAGCUUAAUCAAUAAUUUCGUACUGUGGAACCCAUUUCCAUAAACCAUAUCUAAUUCGUUGAACUUCGCCCUUUAUCCGCUAGAUAGGAUAGUGCCAACGUUGGUUUUUGCUAAGAGAUAGAAAUCAUCGAAUGUUUUGUGCGUAUUUUCACGCAACUAACAGUACUAAAAUCAGCAUAGAAUUUGUUCAAUGCACCAACAAACUAUAGCGCGUAAACUAACGUAUUCAGCAAACUGAGAGAGAAAUAGAGAACAUACAAAUUUAGGCAACCAGAAAACAAACAAUAGCUGCAGAAGUAAAACAAAACAGUUUUAAUGUACCUGUGUAAAAAGUAGCUUGUAAUCGAACAAUGAAAAAUAAUAAAUUGGAGAACUCAGCCGUAGCCAUAUAAGCAAGAAGAAAAUAAAACCAGGAACAGAACCGAAAAUUUUCUCCCACCAAAGUUUAUCUCUAGUGUAAUGUAUAGUAUUGAAUUGAAGCUAUUUGUAGAUACCGAAGCUAUUACAUCAACAAUCGAAUCAUGUUCAUUCAGCUACAAGUGCGAUGAGCAGGAUACAGGAAAGCAUCCACCCACAAUGAAAAUUUGAAACUUAUUUCAGCAAGGGGGAUCAUUUUGCGAGGAAAUAAAACACUGUUGUUUUCAUUAUGUUCGUCUAGGUUAUUUACUAUAUUAACUCUAGCAGCGAAGCGAGAGGAUGGAAGGAAAAUGAGGAUAGAAGUUGUGUAAAAUUAAAUGAUAUUACGAAGAAGACGGAUAAACGAAUGCAAUUGUUCCAAAGAAACGUAAACCAGAAUAAUGA